UCUGUGUUUUUCUCUUUCUCAGUGCUCACUCGUUCGCUAUCAGGGCAGCAGUGGACGCUCAGCUGCACAGACAGCAGAUUCUCUUUUACCCCUACACUUUUGUGUGCUGUAUACUUUAUAAUUAUUUUUCUAGGAGCUUCUGAUCUGUGUAGCCACGCUGUAGGAAAUGGACCCCAAAACCUUCCAGACCUAUGUGCAGGACAGGAUGCAGAGGGCAAAGGAGAUGAAGGAGGAGGAGAAGCUGUACAGAUACAACGGGGUGCUGUACCCGCGCCUCAUGUGCCAUGAGGAUAAUUUAAAGACUCUGAAGGACAUCACCGCCAGGGAGGAUGACAUCAUGCUGGUGGCUUAUCCCAAAUGUGGUUUUAACUGGAUGGUGGGGGUGGUGAGGAAAAUCAUGGCAGCGGUCGCAGGCACGCCUCAAAUACAAUCCAAGAUGCCACCGUUGAUCGAGUUUUUUGGACCGGACGUUGUGAAGAUCCUGGAAGAGACUCCUUCUCCGAGGUUUCUGGGGACUCACAUGCCUCCUGACAACAUACCCGCUUCCUUCUACGCAAAGAAAACUAAAAUGCUGGUGAUCUUCAGGAACCCCAAAGACACUUUGGUCUCCUACUAUCAUUUCUGCAACAACAACCAGGUCCUCCCAGCCGUGUCCUGGGAGUCCUUCUUCUCCAGCUUCAUGAGUGGAGACAUUCCCUGGGGGUCUUACUUCGAUCACGCUGUGGCCUGGGAGAAGAAGAUGGACGACCCCAACGUCAUGAUUGUCACCUAUGAAGACUUAAAACAGAACCUGACUGAGGGCGUCCGUCAGAUCUCCACCUUCUUUGGCUUCAGCCUGACGGAGGCUCAGGUGCAGCAGAUCUCAGAAGGUAGCACCUUCAGUGCCAUGAAGGAGACCUCCGGCAAAUCCCUUGGUAAAAUGGGAGACGUCAUCUACAGAAAAGGCGAGGUCGGGGACUGGAAGAACCACUUCACACCAGAACAGAGCCAAGAGAUGGACGAUGCCUUCAACAAACACCUGGCGGGAACCAGGCUGGGAGCCAAACUCAACUACCAACUGUACUGUCAGUAAGAGAGGAGGAGAGGGAAGCACUGCACAGAUUCAUCUGCACCUGCUUGGUAGAGGAGGUGUCAAAAGUUUCUUUGUCACAGGCUCAAGAAGAAGGGAGAAACUGAGGAAAGAGAGGGAACCAGGAGGGAACAAGUGCAUUAUGGGUUAUUGUGUUAUUUACUCCAACCUGUGAACUUUUGCUGCUGUACGAAUUCUACAACAGAAAACUUUAAAGGAAUAGUUUUACAUUUGGGAGAUCUGAUAUGUGUCUGCAGCUCCAAGUGAAGAAAUAGUUGUUGUACUUUUUUUUGCAAAUCAAACAAAUUAGAUAUAAAAUGUUAAUAAGUGAUCAUGAGAGGUGCUGGAGAGAGCCAGGUGAGCUGUUUACCCCCCUUUGCCAGUCUUUAUGGCAAUGGUGGAAUCCAACUAAGUACAUUUACUCAAGUACUGUACUUAAGUAAAAAAUCAAGGUAAUUGUACUUAAAAUCAUAAAUGUAAACCAUUUUUCAAUAACUAAAAUUGUCAUGAAGACACACGUGGUAGAAGCAAACCUGAUUAAAGACAAUUUGUUCAGAGAAAAACUGAUUUGUGUUCUAUGUUUGCAGAUGACUCAGUGUUUUCUACUUACUGCCCCUCAAACUGGUUUUAACAUUCAGCCAAGUUGGUUGCUAUUUGCUCUGGGCAUGUACAGGUUUGUAUUUAACCACACCAGAGUUUAUCAGAUUCAGUUGUUUACGUUAUAGGUAUUUUUUUCCUCCCAAAAUAUCACCUGAACGCAGCAUUGUUUAGCAGCUAAAGUCUCAGAUGUCAGAUUUUUCUCACAAACACAUGAAUGUUAAGUCCCAGAUUGAUUUCUUUACCAAUGUUUAACACCUAAUUUGACUACGAAGCACUUGAAUUCUCUUUAAACUGGCAGCUAUCAGAACUCAUGUUCACAGAUUUCACUCUGGUUCUGAAACUGUGGCUUUGAAACAAUACUGUUAUGAGAUUAUUAUGGGCUAUCAUAAACAUGCAUAAUCACUGUUUGUGCUGUGUGUAUAUUACAUAGAAUGCAUCACUGUACAUGAUCAUGAAGAAAAAUAAAACUCUUCUUCACAUCA